CAAAAUGUGAAUUCGAUGCGCAAUUUUUGUGCAGUUUUUCGUUACCCACAUUUUUAAUUCUUUUAAAUAAUGUAAAAACACCAAUCAGGUAUUUGUGUUAUUUAAAAAAACACCACUCUUGGUUAAUUGCGUCUUGUUGCCCCAUCGUAAUUUGUUUAUCCAUCAUUAUCACAAUUUCCAUAAUUAUCACUUUUUCGGCAACUUUUUAAAAGUAAUUAGUUGUCACAUAACCCAAAACAUUGAUAACACAACGCAAAAAAAUGAGUUUUAUGAUUUCUCGUCUUGCGGCUGUGCGUUAUUCCGCAAGAACCGUCGUCGAUAACGACUUUCACUCACUCCACCACAAUCUCCGCACGGUAUCCUUGAGCUCCGACCAGUUCGCUUCCAACAAAGAGAAAAGGAAAAUGGCAGGGAAACUCACGGAGGAACAACGAAAAACCGACCUAGAGCCAUUAUUGAAAAGUGGCUGGACCGUGGUCAACAACAGGGAUGCCAUUUACAAGGAAUUUCUGUUCAAGAAUUUUAAUGAGGCGUUCUCAUUUAUGACUCGGGUGGCCCUUCUGGCCGAAAAAAUGGACCAUCACCCGGAGUGGUUCAACGUGUACAAUAAAGUACAAGUUACUUUGUCUUCCCACGAUGUGAAUGGUCUGAGUACUCGGGAUGUGAAGCUUGCGACUUUCAUGGAGCAAGCGGCUGGGUUGUUCAAGUAGGUGGAGGGAUAUUGUGACGGGCUAGACGCAACUGGAAAGACCAAAUGUCGUGCAUUAUGAUGAUAUUGUUAUUUAUGUGUUAUUAUUUUUAAUAAAUGUGUCAGCAAAGUU